AUGGAGAUUAUUAACUCACGACCGAGAAGCAAACUAGAAAAGUUAGACUAUGUAAAAAGAAUAAAGGAAGGAACAGCUAUAAUAAACACUAUACAAGCUCAAAAUCAAGCCAUUUUAAAUAGGGAAGUUGAUGAUGAAAUAGAUUUAUUUUUUAAAAGUAUAGCGAUAUCGGUGAAGAAACUACCAGCUGGAGGUAAAACAGAAGGUAAGUUACAAAUCCUAUCAUUAGUAUCAAAACUGGAACAUCAAUAUUUAGAGCCGACUGCGCAACCCGCUCAAGUUUUGUUUCAAAUACCCUCUCAGCAAAGUCAUAACCUUAUGUCACUUUCUAGUUCACCAUCGCCAUGCCUUAGUUCUUCAUCAGGUACUUCACAAGGAUUUGAACCAUAUGAUAUGUCGACAGCGUACCAUUAUAAUUAUAAUAAUAACUAA